CCAAUUUAUUCCCCCCUUGAGUGUUCAGAUGAAGGAGAAGAAAAAUCGAAAGAACCAAAGAAACAGUUAAGAAAGGGGACCACUUGGACACUUACUUUUGAUUGUGAAGUAAAACAGGCACAGAAAAAUUCGUAUCUAAGAUUUAUGAAUAAAUUAAGAACUUUCUAUAAACACUACUCAUUGGGUACUUCUAAAGAAAGACUUCCUAGACACCCACAGCCUUUUUAAAGGAAAACUGACCACUGCUCCUUUCCUCCUCCCCACCUAGCAGGAAAGCUGUGUGUCAGUCGGUGGAGCUUCCGGAUUCACACAACCUGGAGUCAAGGUCAGCUCUUCCCGAAAUCGCUGACCUCCUCUUCCACGCUGAGCUCUGCUCUCCUGUAACAAGUUCCCCAGGGGCGGUUCUGCCCCUGACCUCAUAGCCCAUGUUAGUAACUGCGGGGGCGCGGGGGGUGAGUGAGGAUUCAGGUGGCCACUGGGUGACAGCCAGUAAGAUUCUCAGCCUUUCCGGUUUGGGAAGACAAAGAAUUCGGGAGGGGUAGGAUAUUUUUCUCCCCCGGUAAGAUAGGUGGAGAAAGACCGCUGCCUGUGUGUCCCUUUCUUGGACUAAGGUGUCUCUGUUGCUCCAUAAAUAAAACGUCUCACUGCCUUCUGCGAGAGCUAUAAAGGCAGCGGAACGACAGUCCCGGGGGCAUUCCGGACGGGACGCCAGCCGAAGCAGACUCUCAGGUCAUGGCAGCACCGGGCAGCAGGUUGGAGCCGCCGCCGCUCCCAGAGUACAGCUGCAGCUACGUGGUGUCGCGGCCAGUCUACAGCGAGCUCGCCUUCCAGCAGCAGUACGAGAGGCGCCUGCAGGAGCGCAAGACGCUCCGGGAGAGCCUGGCCAAGCGUUGCAGUUGUUCAAGAAAGAGAACCCUUGGUGUGCUGAAGACUCUUCUGCCUGUCUUGGACUGGCUCCCCAAAUACCGGAUCAAGGAAUGGCUGCUUAGUGAUAUCAUUUCAGGAGUUAGUACCGGGCUCGUGGGGACGCUGCAAGGCAUGGCAUAUGCUCUGCUAGCUGCUGUUCCUGUUGGAUAUGGUCUCUACUCCGCUUUUUUUCCGAUCCUGACCUACUUUAUCUUUGGAACAUCAAGACACAUCUCAGUUGGACCUUUUCCAGUGGUCAGUUUAAUGGUGGGAUCUGUUGUUCUGAGCAUGGCCCCGGAUGAACACUUUAUCAUAUCCAGCAGUAAUGGAACUGCCCUGAAUACCACUGUGAUAGACUUUGCAGCUAGAGACGCAGCAAGAGUAUUGAUUGCAAGCACCCUUACUCUUUUGGUUGGAAUCAUACAGUUGAUAUUUGGAGGUUUGCAGAUUGGAUUCAUAGUGAGGUAUUUGGCAGAUCCUUUGGUUGGUGGUUUCACAACAGCUGCUGCCUUCCAAGUGUUGGUCUCACAGCUGAAGAUUGUCCUCAACGUUUCAACCAAAAACUACAAUGGAAUUCUCUCCAUUAUCUACACUCUGAUCGAGAUUUUUCAAAAUAUUGGUAACACCAAUCUUGCUGAUUUCAUUGCUGGAUUACUCACCAUUAUCAUCUGUAUGGCAGUUAAGGAAUUAAAUGAUCGAUUUAAACACAAAAUCCCAGUCCCUAUUCCUAUAGAAGUGAUUGUGACAAUAAUUGCUACUGCCAUUUCAUAUGCAGUUAACCUGGAAAAAAAUUAUAAUGCUGGCAUUGUUAAAUCCAUCCCAAGAGGGUUUUUGCCUCCCGAAAUUCCACCUAUCAGUUUGUUUUCUGAGAUGCUGACUGCAUCAUUUUCCAUUGCCGUGGUGGCUUAUGCCAUUGCAGUGUCUGUAGGAAAAGUAUACGCCAUCAAGUACGAUUACACCAUCGACGGGAAUCAGGAAUUCAUUGCCUUUGGGAUCAGCAACAUCUUCUCUGGAUUCUUCUCUUGCUUUGUGGCCACCACUGCCCUGUCCCGCACCGCCGUCCAGGAGAGCACCGGGGGGAAGACGCAGAUUGCCGGCAUCAUCUCGGCUGCAGUUGUGAUGAUCGCCAUUGUGGCCCUGGGGAAGCUGCUGGAACCCCUGCAGAAGUCAGUCCUGGCAGCUGUUGUAAUUGCCAACCUGAAAGGGAUGUUUAUGCAGGUGUGUGACGUUCCUCGUCUGUGGAGGCAGAACAAGACUGACGCCGUUAUCUGGGUGUUUACUUGCAUAGCAUCCAUCAUUCUGGGGCUGGACCUCGGUUUACUAGCGGGCCUUAUGUUUGGAUUUCUGACUGUGGUCGUGAGAGUUCAAUUUCCCUCAUGGAACAGCCUUGGAAGCAUCCCUAACACAGACAUCUACAGAAGCACCAAGGAUUACAAAAAUAUUGAAGAACCUGAAGGAGUGAAGAUUCUUAGAUUUUCUAGUCCUAUUUUUUACGGCAAUGUUGAUGGUUUAAAAAAAUGUAUCAAGUCCACAGUUGGAUUUGACGCCAUUAGAGUGUAUAAUAAGAGGCUGAAAGCAUUAAGGAAAAUACAGAAACUCAUCAAAAAAGGGCAACUAAGAGCAACAAAGAAUGGCAUUAUAAGUGAUGCUGGUUCAUCAAAUAAUGCCUUUGAGCCUGAUGAAGAUAUUGAAGAUCCAGAAGAGCUUGAUAUCCCAACCAAGGAAAUAGAGAUUCAAGUGGAUUGGAACUCUGAGCUUCCAGUCAAAGUGAAUGUUCCCAAAGUGCCGAUCCACAGCCUUGUGCUUGACUGUGGAGCUGUAUCUUUCUUGGAUGUUGUUGGAGUGAGAUCCUUGCGUAUGAUUGUCAAAGAAUUCCAAAGAAUUGAUGUGCAUGUGUACUUUGCAUCACUUCAAGAUCAUGUGAUAGAAAAGCUGGAGCAAUGCGGCUUCUUUAAUGAUAGCAUUAGAAAGGACAUCUUCUUUUUGACUGUGCAUGAUGCCAUACUCCAUCUACGGAGCCAGGUGAAAUCCCAAGAGGUUCAAGAUUCCAUUUUAGAAACGAUCACCCUCAUCCAAGACUGUAAAGAUCCUCUUGAAUUAAUGGAAGCAGAGCUGAUUGAAGAAGAACUUGAUGUCCAAGAUGAGGCGAUGCGAAGACUGGCUUCCUGAAACUGGGCUCUGGAGGUUGCUAUGAGCAAGGACUACAAGGCAAAAUUUACCCACCAUGUAAUUCUAUGCAAAGAUUUUCUGCAUUGACUAGUUUCUUCUCACUUGAAACACUCAUUCUUUUUCCCAUCAGAUUUUUAAAAAAUCUUUUUAUUUUUUCAAAGCUCUCAACCAUUGAAGGAGAAGCCCUAAGAUUAUUUCUAGGCGUUAUUUCUACAAUGAGUAGCUUACUUCUAAAAUGUGCAAAGUGGUGAGGAGAACUUAGCAAUGUCUAGGGUCUGCUGAUGUUUUGCUGCUGUUUCUCGUGACAGAUUUGCUAACCAUGUGCAUGUGGGUACAAGUGUACCCCUGUGCAGCUGGGACAAGUGUCACUCAACAGCCUCUGUGAGCAAGAGAGUCAGGAAUGAUGAUCCUACAGAAAAAUCUAUUUCUGACUGCCCUUGAUUCCCAUGAGCUGCAUCGAUCACAGUGUCAGGUCACCAUGAGAAAACACUGAAGUAGAAUUAUUAGUGUACUUAUCAGUAAAUGCCUAGAAAUCCCUUUUGGUAAAUGCAUCUAAAGGAGUUUUAAAAAUGCACUUUUGGUAAGGAAGUAUAUUACUCUAUGUGACCAGAUAUGAACCCAGAAUUCAGAAUAAAGGAAAUGGUUCACUAAAAAGCUAUAGAACUGGGCUGAUAUAUUUUGGCAACGUUGACUCAGAGGCGUGAAGUGAUAAGAGGAUUAUUGUGGUUUACAGAACUCAACUUUCAAUAUGAUAAUAAUCAAGGAUCACAAGUAAGAUCAAGGAAAAUAUAUGACCAACUGUCUUUAGUUUAAAAAUUCAGCUUUAAUUUACCUUCAUUUAUAGAAAUUGUUGUUUUGUAAAGGUAUGUUUAACUAUGGUCUAUUUAAAAUCUGACACAAAAAUGGUGUUAUUUUGAACAAAAAUCAAUUGCGAUAUGCUUAUAAGAUCAUGGUGAUUAAAACAAGCUUAUAUUUUUCUCUAAAAUUUUACCAGUAUGUGAUCUUUAACUGAAUUUUAAUCACCUUUCAAAAAAAAAUCUAAAAAGCGAACUGCUCAUAUUAUAUGUAUAUAUAAUAUAUAAUGAUUGAGACAAAACAUUGUAAAUAAACUCAGUAUCAAAGGAAAAAUUGGGUUGGAAUAUACACAUUGAAAAUAUGUUUUUAAAAAUCCAUAUGUUAGGAAAAUAUUUUUUACUUAGUCUUUUCUGAGUGCCAGCAAUUUUCUAGGCAUUGUAUGUAAUAUGUAGGCUUUGGUCCUAUGGACUAGUUCCAUAUAUUUCAUGCUAGAGUGAAUGAAGUUGUACUUCAGGAGUUCCCCAUUGUGGAUCAGCAGUAAUGAACUGACUAGAAUCCAUGAGGGCAUGGGUUCAAUCCCUGGCCUCCAUCAGUGGGUUAAGGACCCCACGUUGCCGUGAGCUGCGGUAUAGGUUGAAGAUGCGGCUUGAUCAGCUGAGGCUAGGAUCGGGUGUUGCUGUGGCUGUUGUGUAGGAUGACAGCUGCAGCUCCGGUUGGACCCCUCACCCAGGAACUUCCAUAUGCUGUGGGUGCGGCCCUAAAAAGGCAAAAAGAAGGAGAGGGAAAAGAAGAAGAAGUUGUACUUCAUUGCUAGAGAAAAAUACUCAGGUCCUCUACUGAUACGAUGUUUUAACCUGACUGAGAAUUAUAUUGUACCUUUGGUGCAGAUGUGUGAAAUUCCCCAAGGUGUCUGACUAUCCAAAGGCAGCAUGUCCUAUCUCUGUUUCUCUUCUUAAAGACAAUCAGAAAGAAAGUAUCUACUUCUGAAGGAACGUCAUUAGUGAUCCCAUCAAUUUGGUUGACUAAAAGCAAAAUCACCCUCUCCACUCCCACCCCACACCUUACCCCACAUUGGAAUUUCAGUGAGUUGUAAUGGAUGGUGAUGUUUAUUCUUUCCUGCUCAUGGGUCAUCCUGCCUUUAAUUGAUGUGGAACAGAUCUCUCCCCGUGUUGGGUGCAGCACACCCAGGAUUCUAAUGUUGUCUCUUUCACAGUAACACCUGUCUGUAAUGGCAACACAUCCUAUCUUUGAAGAGUGAAUAUAGUAGCCUUGUAGAAAAUGGAUAAAUACCUCUGUUGAAAUGAGGACACACGCGCUGCUCAUUUAAAAAAAAAUCAUUAUUGAAGGAAAUACCAAAGUUAUAUUUUAAAGGCUAGAGUUUUAUAAAAUAUUGGGUCUGUUUGUGACUAUGUAAGAACAGUCUAUUUGACUGUUUCCCUAACACGGUCUAGUGAUACUGUCUCUUCCAUGCGUUUUUACUUUUAAUCCUGUAUCAUCAAUGGAAAUUAUACUUGAAAAUGAAAGCUGUUGUUAUGUUUUUAACCUGUAGGAUAAGAUUCCAGUAUUGUAUAUGAAUUUCUAUAAGAAGUAAAAAAAAAAAUCAAAUCAUGUACAUUUGGAGAUACUCACACAUAUUUUUUAUGAAAAGUAAUGUUGCCUUUUAAACUACUCUGAUGUGUCCCUUCUGAACAAAACUAUUAAAUAUAAUAAAAAAAUGUUAAAUUUUA